AGGUAUGUCAUUAAGUAUGGCUCUCCUUCAGUGGUUAAACGAACCGUCUUUGCUCUUCUUUGCCACAGUUUUCCUUGUAAUUUUUCUCAACUUCAUCUUCAGAAAUAACCCAAUUGUUAGAAACAGAAGAAGAGCAUUGAAUCUCCCACCAAGCCCUCCAAAACUUCCCAUCAUUGGAAACCUUCACCAGCUUGGAAACAACCCUCACGUCUCUCUCCAAAAAUUGGCACAAAAAUAUGGUCCAAUUAUUUACUUACAACUUGGUCAAGUCCCAACUGUGAUAGUUUCAUCAGCUAGAGUAGCCAAAGAAGCAUUGAAAACCCAUGAUCUGGCCUUGUCAAGCCGUCCGCAAAUCUUCUCAGCCAAACAUCUUUUCUACAACUGCACUGACAUUGUUUUCUCCCCAUAUGGAGCUUAUUGGAGGUACAUUAGGAAGAUAUGCAUACUUGAGCUGUUUAGUGCCAAAAGGGUUCAAUCUUUUGGCUUCAUUCGAGAAGAGGAAGUUGCUCAUCUGGUGCGUCGGGUUUCGGAGUCUUAUCCCGGCACAACCAAUCUAAGCAAGAUGCUUGGGUUGUAUGCCAAUGAUGUUCUUUGCAGGGUGGCUUUCGGAAGGGAUUUCUCAGGAGGUGGAGACUAUGAUAAGCAGGGAUUCCAAAAGAUGCUUGAAGAGUAUCAAGAGUUGCUAGGAGGGCUCAGUGUUGGAGAUUUCUUUCCUUCCAUGGAGUUUGUGCACGCUUUGACGGGAACCAAAUCGAGACUUGUCGCCACGUUUCAUCGUUUUGAUCAACUUUUCGAUCAGAUUGUGGCUGAACAUGCCGAUCCUGAUAGAAAAAAUGUUGAGCACAAGGACCUUGUUGAUGUCUUGCUUGAUAUUCAGAAGAAUGAGUCUGGGGACAUUACUCUCACCAUGGACAAUGUCAAGGCUAUCAUAUUGGACAUGUUUGCUGCAGGGACCGAUACAACAUUCAUAGUCCUUGAUUGGGGAAUGACAGAGCUCAUUUUGAACCCUAAAGUUUUGGAAAAAGCACAAGCUGAAGUUAGAAGUGUUAUGGGAGAGAGAAAAGUUGUUUUAGAGAGUGAUCUGCCUCAACUCGACUACAUGAAAGCAGUCAUCAAAGAGACCUUCAGAUUGCAUCCUCCUGCUCCAGUUCUAGUCCCUAGAGAAUCAAUGGAACAUGUUACUACGGAUGGAUACGAUAUUCCAGCGAAGACGAGAAUCUUUGUCAAUGCCUGGGCAAUUGGGAGAGACCCGGAAAGUUGGGAAGAUCCAGAAGCAUUCAAACCAGAAAGAUUUAUGGGUAGUAGUAUUGAUUUCAAGGGACAGGAUUUUGAGCUCAUACCAUUUGGAGCUGGUAGAAGAAUCUGCCCUGCCAUGACAUUUGGAACGGCGAGUGUUGAGCUUGCUUUAGCUCAGCUUCUCCAUAGCUUCGAUUGGGAGCUUCCUCCUGGAGUUGCGGCUAAAGAUUUGGACAUGACUGAAGUUUUUGGCAUCACAAUGCACAGGAAAGCCAGUUUAAUAGUCCUCGCCAAGCCACGCUUUCCAUAAGCUAGAACAAUUGAAAUAAAACACAACUCGCUUGCAUUCCAGUUAUGUUCACCCCGGGCUGUUUCAAUAAAUAUCAGUUAUGUUCACCCCGGGCUGUUUCAAUAAAUAUUGUUGCCAUACUUGCCAUAACAUUGUCCCUGUUUUCUUUUUCAUCCUUUCAUGACAACUUGAGCAUUAUAUUCCUCUUAAGGAUAUUAGCGUGUCAGUGUCCUGUAGCUUUUCAGAGUGAUAUGAUCAUGACAAAGAGGCAUUUUCGUUC